CACCUCGUGCGUUGUAUCGAGGAGGAGGGCGAGCCCGUUAUAAGCUCGAGCAGCGGCUAUUCAGCAGCUUAGGCGGCCUAGAAGUCGACAAGGUCUCCGUCGUUGAUUCGCGCACAUAAAUCUUGUACUUCACAUAAAUCUUGUCUACUCGGGCUUCUAAAUCUUAUUACCCCUCCGCGCGUCGUUCGUUGUUUCUUCUUGUGGUAUAUAAUUGAGUUCUUUACACGCAAUACUACAUACUUCUAAUAGUUCGGGGUAUGAAUAAUUGGUCACACAGACCAUCACUGUUCGCGAUGCUGGUGCUGGUGCUCGUGAUACAGGUAAUUGCGACGAUCGUAUCCGCGACGGCUAUCGGGCCCUUAUCCAGAUCAUUGAAUUUUGAUAAUGUUCACUCGGAGGAGGAUGAUAACGCCGUCGUCGUCGAAGCCGCGAUUGAUCCAGAUCAAUUUGGAUCGAGAGAUGGCCGGGGAAUUCUUUGGAAUGGAGCCACGACUCGCGAGACCUGUUUAACUUCGAAAGGCGAAGUCGGUCGUUGCACGACCUUCAAGGAGUGCUAUCCGUACUUUAAAAUUCCAGACCUCGGUGCCCUGGAUGGUUGGGUUCUUGGUGUUUACGAUACAUGCAGUUAUAUUCGCGAGGAUGGUAGUCCAAGUUUCGGGAUAUGUUGCUCAAAUUUGAAUCCUUUCGUCACACCCGGUCCCGACAACUGCGACAAUCCUACGGUGGAACAUCCGCUAGUGGAGGAUAAUAAAAAGAAGAUCGAAGAGGACGUAUCACGUCCUCAGGCUGCGCCUACUUGGCCACCGCCGAUUCCCACACAUCCGCCCGAUCACACGAUACCGCCACUUCCGACUCAUCCACCUUCGCCAGGUCUGCCGACACUUUCCACUACAUCAGACCCAACCACACUUAGCACUAGCACAAGCUCGAAAAAACCGAACGUCGCCACUACCUGGCCGACGAAGAAACCAACCUGGUGGGUCACCCCAUCGACAUCUACGUCAACAACUGACAAGUCUCCUAUCAGCAGUACCUCACAAUGCGGUGCCAAGAAUGGCAAUCAAGAUCAAGAGCGUAUCGUAGGAGGACAUAACGCAGAUCCAGGCGAAUGGCCAUGGAUCUGCGCACUUUUCAAUGCUGGACGACAAUUCUGCGGUGGAUCGCUGAUCAACGACAAGCACGUACUGACAGCGGCGCAUUGCGUUGCAAAUAUGAAUUCUUGGGACGUCGCGAGGUUGACGGUACGUCUCGGUGAUUACAAUAUCAAAACGAAUACCGAGAUUCGUCACAUCGAGAGACGGGUGAAGAGAGUCGUGAGGCAUCGAGGCUUUAAUUCUCGUACGCUUUACAACGACGUGGCACUUCUUACGUUAAGCGAAGCUGUGGAAUUUACAGAACAAAUACGACCUAUCUGUCUUCCUAGCGGAUCACAAUUGUAUUCCGGCAAGACGGCGACUGUCAUUGGAUGGGGUUCUUUGAGAGAAAGUGGACCGCAACCAGCGAUUUUACAAGAAGUUUCAGUGCCAGUAUGGUCAAACAACGAGUGUAAAUUGAAAUAUGGUUCAGCGGCACCGGGUGGUAUAGUCGAUAGCUUCCUGUGUGCUGGUCGAGCUGCUAAGGAUUCAUGCUCGGGUGACAGUGGAGGUCCUUUAAUGGUGAAUGAUGGUCGCUGGACGCAAGUCGGUAUCGUAUCAUGGGGUAUAGGAUGCGGGAAAGGACAAUAUCCAGGAGUGUAUACGCGAGUGACACACUUUUUGCCGUGGAUUUAUAAAAAUUUAAAGUAGGAGAUAUGCUCUUUGCACAUACUUACUGCCAUGCUCUUUUCGCACCAUCGCUGUUUCUUUGACGAAAUGGAUUGUCGAAGAGACGCGAAAUCGAUCGCACUCGCUUCGAAAAAUGUGAUAAAAACCGUCAAACCCUAACGUACCUAGAGCUUCAUAGCUAGAGAACAUAGCUAUUAAAAAUACCCGCUUUCAUAGUCGAAAGCGAUAAUAUCGUCUCUUUUAAGAAAAUUUGACAUAUCAGUCUUUUCUUAAUUAUAUAAUGCGAUUUAAGUUCUUAAGUUCCAUAUCAUCGCACUCUGUGUAAUGAUUUCCUCAUCAUUAAAUAAAACCAUCAUCAUCCAUCUACU